UUUGGAAACACCCCCACCCUUCUAGCCAACCAGUUUAUACACACGCCAUCGGCUCCUCCUUGAUUCAAAUGUUAGGUCAAGAGGAAGAAAGAAAACGAAUUCAAGAGUUACUCUCAAGCAUCUAGAAUUUUCUGCACCUCUUGAAGAGAGACUAGCCCAGCUCUGACUAUUACAAGCUGGACUUUCCUCUUAAAGCACAACCUUCAUUUAAGCCUUUGGAUAAAACUGGAGGAAAAGAAUCUGUGAGUACUGUGGACUGCACAGAAGGCAGGAGGCUGAAAACUGGCAAUAAAAACAGAAAGAUGGCAGACCCGAGGCCCAGCAGUCAGGCAGACCCUGAAAUUGAGCUUUUUGUGAAGGCUGGAAGUGAUGGGGAGAGUAUUGGAAACUGUCCCUUUUGCCAACGCCUUUUUAUGAUCCUCUGGCUUAAAGGAGUUAAAUUCAAUGUGACUACUGUUGACAUGACCAGAAAGCCUGAAGAGCUGAAGGACUUAGCCCCGGGCACCAAUCCUCCCUUCCUGAUAUAUAACAAGGAGUUGAAAACAGACUUCAUUAAAAUUGAGGAGUUCCUAGAGCACACACUGGCUCCUCCAAGGUAUCCUCACCUGAGUCCCAAGAACAAGGAGUCUUUUGACGUGGGCUGUAACCUCUUUGCCAAGUUUUCUGCAUACAUUAAGAAUGCACAAAAGGAGGCAAAUAAGAAUUUUGAAAAAUCUCUGCUCAAAGAAUUUAAGCGUCUGGAUGACUACUUGAACACCCCACUUCUAGAUGAAAUCGAUGCAGAUAGUGCUGAGGAACUCACAGUUUCCAGAAGAUUGUUCUUGGAUGGGGAUCAGCUGACACUGGCUGACUGCAGUUUGUUACCCAAACUGAACAUUAUUAAAGUUGCUGCAAAGAAAUACCGUGAUUUCGACAUUCCAGGAGAAUUCUCAGGAGUCUGGCGCUAUCUCCACAAUGCCUAUGCCCGUGAAGAAUUUACCCACACGUGUCCUGAAGACAAAGAAAUUGAAAAUACCUAUGCAAGUGUGGCUAAGCAAAAGAGUUAGGACAGCUCUUUCAGUAGAACAACCUCUCUUUUCACUUGUUAUCAUAUUAGAAAAUCUUUUGGAAAUAAGAAUAUGGAAAAUAUGGUUUCCUCUAUCCAACUUUCUUAUGAAAAAGAAUGCUAUAUUUUCUGUAUCUAGUUAAUCCAAACUAUCUGCUCACUGUGUAUUUUAAAGGUCUUUAUAUUUUCAUUUCACUUUUUAAUUCCCAUGGCACAACCACUGCAAUCUUAAAUGAUAUGGAAAGUAUCAAUAUCUUUUGCUAGAAUGCAUCAUGUGUGCAAGCUCAACAGAUGGCUGAAGUUACAAAUGACAUACAGUCACAGUCUCAAACUGUUCCUUAGAAAUAUUUACAUCUAAAUCAUUAAAACAAUUUUACUAAGAAAUUUGACUGACCAAAAGGUCUUGUUGCUGUCCAUUAAAGGGUAAAGUAAACCGUUCAUAAAGGAUAAUCACAAAUCUUUCUACAGAAUUUAUAAUGUUCCAUUACUAUAUGUACUCAAAUAUACAUGUUAAAAUACAAUCAAAUCACUCAAAUCUGAAAACAAAAACUGAACUUUAUUUUUGCUCCUUCAAAAGAGAAACAAAGUUCAGCCUCAAAAAAGAGAGAUAGGUGUUAUUAGAGGUCUUGGUGGGAUAUACAUAAAAUUUAUUUAUUUAUUUUUUGGCCAUGCUGUGGGGCAUGUGGGUCUUAGUUCCCCAACCAGGGAUGGAACCUAUGCCCCCUGCAGUGGAAGCUCAGAGUCUUAACCACUGGACCACCAGGGAAGUCCCUAGAUAAAAUUUAAAUAAAGCAGUGUUUUCAUAGGUUCAAAGAAAAGUAAGGCAAAGAGUAAAGAGUUAACAGGCCUGGAACAGGCGCGUGAAAAAAUGCUCAUCAUUGCUAAUUAUUAGAGAAAUGCAAAUCAAAACUACAAUGAGGUACCAGGUCACACCGGUCAGAAUGGCCAUCAUUAAAGAGUCUACAAAUAAUAAAUGCUGGAGAGGGUGUGGAGGAAAGGGAACUCUCCUACACUGUUGGUGGGAAUAUAAGUUGGUGCAGCCACUAUGGAAAACAGUAUGGAGGUUCCUCAAAAAAACUAAAAACAGAGUUGCCACAUGAUCCAGCAAUCCCACUCCUGGGCAUAUACCCAGACAGAACUUUAAUUUGAAAAGAUACAUGCAUCCCUAUUUUCAUAGCAACACUAUUCACAAUAGCCAAGACAUGGAAACAACCUAAAUGUCCAUCUAUAUAGAUAUAGAUAUAGAUAGAUAGAUAUAGUGGAAUAUUACUCAGCCAUAAAAAAGAAUGAACUAAUGUCACUUGCAGCAAUGUGGAUGGACCUAGAGAUUGUCAUACUAAGCGAAGUAAGUCAGAAAGAGAAAGACAAAUAUCUUAUGAUAUCACUUAUAUGUGGAAUCUAAAAUACGACAUAAAUCAACAUAUCUACGAAACAGACUCACAGACAUAGAGAACAGACUUGUGGUUGCCAAAGGGGGGGUUGGGAGGAAAUGAUUGGGAGUGUGAGAUUAGCAGAGGCAAACUAUUAUAUAUCAGAUGGAUGGAUAAACAACAAGGUCCUACUGUAUACAGCUCAGGGAAGUAUAUUCAAUAUCCUUUGAUAAACCAUAAUGGAAAAGAAUAUGUAUAUAUAUGUAUGUAUAACUGAGUCACUAUGCUGUACAGCAGAAAUUAGCACAGCAUUGUAAAUCAACUAUACUUCAAUAAAAUUAAAAAACAAAAAGA